UUUUAAUAAACCACGUGCGCCCUGCCUCCAAAGCUUAAACUCUCACCUCUCUCCAUUUUAAAUUAUGUCUACUGCUCAAGGAAGUAACGAGGCUCUGGAGAGUGCUGGAGGUUUGGUAGACAAGUACCAGGUCUCAGAUCAACGCUUCUACGACCUCAGUGGCCUACUUAGAGUGACAUCGGACCGUCUCACAAAUGGAAGUGGACAGUCAGAUGUUGAUUAUCCUUUUCUCUCGUCUCUGUUUCCAUCACUGGAUGGUAUGCCACUCAUCGGUGAUGUAGACCAUACUCCUUUACCAUCGGAACUGGUCCAGGAAUUUGAGAGUAUCCUCCUAAUACAUGUACAUUAAUGAAUAUAAUAUAAAG